GUUAGUUAGUUCCCGCCUCUAAUAUCCUACUCUGGCUAGAUGACCUCACCUCUGUAAAUUAGCUGCUUUAUUCACCAUAGCGAGUGAGAUUAAAAUGGGGUAUCUUAAACAAAUAGACAUUGAAAACUUCAAGUCAUGGCGAGGAAAGAAAGUUAUCGGUCCGUUCAUGCGAUUUAAUUGUAUAAUUGGCACAAAUGGCUCUGGCAAGUCCAAUGUGAUGGACGCCCUGAGCUUUGCCAUGGGGGAGCGGGCUGCCUGUCUCCGAGUGAAGCACCUCAGGGACCUGAUACAUGGAGCCCACAUCGGGCAGCCGGUGUUGGACACCGCCCGCGUCGCCAUGCGGUACUGCGACGACGAAGACCAGGAGACCGUCUUCUGCCGGAGCAUCUUAGGUGACUCCUCUGAGUAUCGCAUCAACGGUAUACAUGUCACUCUGGCCAAAUACAUGGAGGAGCUGGAGAAGAUUGGCAUUGUGACCAAAGCCCGAAACUGUCUGGUGUUCCAGGGGGCAGUGGAGUCCAUAGCUUUGAAGGACCCAAAGGAGAGGACCAAGAUGUUUGAGAGCAUCAGUCAGUCGAGAGAGUAUGCUGCAGAGUAUAAUAAGAAGAAAGAGGCCCUGCUGAAGGCCAAAGACGACACACAGUUUCACUUCAUCAAAAAGAAAUCUGCUACUGUCGAGAGGAAACAGGUGUCACAGGAAAAAAUAGAGGCCCAGAGGUACCAGGCACUGGUGGACGACCUUCACCAAAACUGCCUGCAGCUGUGCCUGGCUGAGCUCUACCAUAAUGAGAAGGGCAUCGGUGCCCUCAGCGACACCUUGAGGGAGAAACAGCAGGCUGCAGCUGCAACGAACAAUAAACUGGUGAAUGCAGAGCAGACGGUCAAAACCUACAAGAAAGAACAUGGACGCCUCACCAGAGAGCAGCAGCACAUAGACAAGGAGAUCCGCGCCCAGGAGCAUAUCCUGUCCCAGUGUCGGUCCCAGUACAUCAAAGCCAAGGUAAACACCUCCCAUCACAUGAAGAAGGCUGAAGAGGUCCGUGAUUCUCUGAGGAAGAAUCAGAAGCUGAUGGCUGUCAAAGAGCAGGAGCUGGCAGAGGGACGACAGGAGAUCACUGAACUGGAGAGGACCUGGAGGAACUACGAGAAGCAGGCACAGGAGAAAGGAACCUCCUGGGGGAGAGACAUCGAGCUGGAUGAGGAUCAGCUAGAGAGAUACAAAGAGCUGAAGGAGCUGGCCCGAAAGCAGGGGGCGGUCUUCAGCCAGCAGGCAGAGAAACUGCACUGGGAGGUGAGAGCGGAAUACGAGAAGAUGGCUUUUGACCAACGCAGAAAGAAGGAAGUGGAGGUUGCCAUCAGGAACAACCAGACUCAGCUGAAAGAUUUGACAAGCAGGGCAGAGAAGCUAGAGGAGUACACCAAGACCUGCAAGUCAUCCCUUGACGAGUACCGUCAGCGGGAGGAGAGCCUGAGUGCAGAGCUGCAAAGGGGCCGCCAGCGCAGCGAGGAGGUGAACCAGGAGCUGGGCCAGGUGCUGGAGGAGCUGGGGAACGCCUGUCUGGACAGCCAGGAGAGCAGACACCAGCUGCAGCACAAAGAGCUGUUAGAGAGGCUCCGCAGACUCUACCCUGAAACUGUGUAUGGUCGUCUGUCUGACUUGUGCAGCCCAAUACAUAAGAAGUACCAGCUGGCUGUCACCAAGGUGUUUGGCCGCUACAUGAAUGCCAUUGUAGUGGCCUCGGAGAAAGUGGCCCGUGACUGUAUCAGUUUCAUCAAGGAGGAGCGAGCUGAACCUGAGACCUUCCUGCCCAUCGACUACUUGGAUGUGAGUCCUCUGAAUGAGCGACUGAGGGAGAUGCCUGGUGCCAAGAUGUUGGUCGAUGUUGUACAAGUUAACGCUGUCGCAGGUGCCGCCCAGCUGAGGAAAGUGGUGCAGUUUGUCUGUGGCAACGCCUUGGUGUGUGAGACCAUUAAAGAUGCAAGGAGUGUGGCCUUUGACAGGAAGGAGCGCAUUAAGACAGUAUCUCUGGACGGGACACUGUUUGCAAAGUCAGGUACGAUCUCUGGAGGCUCCAGUUACCUGCGGACCAAAGCUCGUUGCUGGGACGAGAAGGACAUGAUGCGGCUGAAGGAACGCAAGGACCAGCUGACAGCAGAGUUGCGUGAUUUGAUGAGGCUGAAGCGGAAGGAGCCAGACCUGAAACAGAUCAUUGCUCAGGCUCAGGGUGCUCAGACCCGCCUCAAAUACUCCAAAACUGAGCUGGAAAACAUUCGGAAGAAAAUCCUCCUUAAGUGCCAAGAGGAGAUUUCUCGUAUGGAGAGUGAAUUAGCAAACCUGGACUCUCAGAUCCAGAUGCAGCAGGAGAGUGUGGAGGCAAAGGAUGCAGAGAUGAGGAAGAUCAGAGACCAGAUCGACCAGAUGGAGGACUUGGUGUUUUCUGACUUCUGUGCUGAGAUCGGUGUGAACAGCAUCAGAGAGUAUGAGCAGGAGCACUUGAAACAGCAGACAGAGCUUGACAAGAAGCGGCUGGAGUUUGAGAGUCAGUGUGCUCGCUUGAAAGCACAGCUGGAGUACGAACAAAACCAACUGCGGCAGCAGAAGAAGAAGCUCCACAACAUGGAGGAAACCAUCGACAAGGAGGAGAGAAUCAUGGCCGAGCAGAGGAAGGAUGAGGAGAAGCUGCUGGCGGCAGUGGAAGAGGGUCAGAACAAAAUGCUGGAGCUGAAGAACCAGCUGCUGUCUAAGAAUAGCCAGGUGGCCGCUGCCAAAGCUGAGCUGGACCAGAAAACCCAGAGCCUCCAAGCGAUCAACAAAGAGUUGGUGAAGCUUCAGCGGGAGGUGAUGUCUGCAGAGACGGCCUUGGAGCAGAAACGCAUGGCCAGACACAACUUACUGCUGGCCUGCAAGAUCCAGAGUCUGCCCAUCACUCUGCUGUCAGGGAGCCUGAAUGAAAUCAGUGAGGUGCAGCUGGACACAGAAUCUGAAAGCACUUCAGCCACCAUGGACAUCUAUGAGAGAGAGGCACAACUAGUCAUCGACUACUCUGGCCUGGAGGCUGAAAUCAGGAGUCUGCAGGCAGAGAAGGAGGUGGAGGCCUACUUAGAGAGGCUGAAGGAGUCAGUGUCCUCCGUGGAGGAAGUGCUGCAUCGCACCACUGCCCCUAACCUGAAAGCUCUGGAGAAGAUGAGGGAGGUGAAGGACAAGUUACAGGGAGUGACAGAAGCCUUUGAUGCCAGCACCAGAGCAGCCAGAAAAUGCAGUCAGGAGUUCGAGCAAGUCAAAGCCCAGCGCUUCCACCUCUUCAGCCAGUGCUUUGAACAUGUGUCUGUCGUAAUCGAUAAGAUCUAUAAAAGAAUAUGCAGGAACAGCAGCGCUCAGGCCAUUCUGAGUGCAGAGAAUCCAGACGAGCCAUACCUCGGCGGCAUCAACUACAACUGCGUGGCGCCGGGGAAACGCUUCAUGUCCAUGGACAAUCUGUCUGGAGGAGAGAAGGCCAUCGCUGCCCUGGCCCUGGUGUUUGCCAUCCACAGCUUCCGCCCUGCUCCCUUCUUCAUCUUGGACGAGGUGGAUGCAGCCUUGGACAACACUAACAUUGGCAAGGUGACCAGUUUCAUCAGAGAGGAGUCCAGGGAGAACAUGCAGAUCAUUGUCAUCUCCCUGAAGGAGGAGUUUUUCUCAAAGGCAGAUGCUUUGCUGGGAGUCUACUCAGAUUUUGAUGAAUGUAUGUUCAGCCGCAUUCUGACCCUUGACCUGCGACCCUACCCUGUGGUUGAAGAGGACAAUGGGAAACAGGCGGACAAGCAGAAGACAGGACACAUGUAACCUGGAAUCACCUGCGGGAAGCCUUUGAGUGUGUGUGUGUCUCACAUUUUUGUUCAUCAGCCAUAUCAGUGUUUUCAUGUUUUGUCCAGGUGUACAGGCAAAGUAGUUAUUUUAAACACCAAAUGAUUAUUUCUAUGUUCGAUUUUAGGCUGUUUUACUAAGUUGAUUUUACUAAAAAGGUUUUUGUUAUUUUAUGGGAGUGGUUUCCUGGUCAAGCCUCCAAGUAUUUAGCAUUUGGCUUGAUUAGUGAGGCAGUUCAGGAGCUGGUUCUGUGUUUAUAUCUACCUACAUGUGGAAAUCAUUGCCAGUUCGGUCAGUAACAAGCCCCAACCUAGAUGGUCUUGAUUUAAACAAUGCUACUCCUACGAAUUACGACAUUCAGAUGGUGAGGUGGCAUAUACAGCAGCAUUAAAAAGAGCUCUCUGUUCAUGUUUCUAAAAUGUUGUGACUCUUGUUUCAUGUUGCACAGUGAUAAAUGUUGGUAUAUCACUCCUUUGUUUUUAUACUUGUUCUUUUUACUCUAAGUGUUUUGUAUUCCAGUUAUGCUUUUAAGCGUGACUUUUGUCCUGUUCAAUAAAUAUACAGAGUUAAAGAUG